AGGCGCAAUUAUAUGCUGUUUUACGCAGCCAAGCAGCGGAGAUCGUGGCACUGUUAUUGCUCUCUGUCCAUCUUUAUUAUUAGCGCUUCGCUCCGCCCUCCUACCUGUAAAUCUCCCCGCUUUCCUCUGAAGCGGAUCUGACAGGCGCGCUCAGCUGGCAACUUCGUGCCAGGCCUGCAGGAGACCGAAUGAAGACAGCAAUAUCUACUCGAGCGCCAGUCCCUUUACGCGGAAUCGACAACGAAAACACCCGCGAGAAUAUGUAGUGUUCAGUAAUCGACUGGCAGUUAACCAAGUGAAGAAUUCGGUUCUAUUUGUCUGUGCGUUUUUCCGAGCCGUUCACAACUAGAUUGACGCGUAAGGAAAGUGAGAUCGUUUCUCCGCCUGCUAAUCGACAGGAUCCCUGAAUGGAAGACGACUAGAGAGAUCGCCUUGCCGAGAACAGGUUGUAACAUUUUCUUCUGUCGUUGUGUUUGCCAUUACUCGAAAUAUCAUUGGCAGCCUCGACGGCUGCAAACGACCCCAUCUUAACCAUGGCUUUUGGCGUAAAAGAGCCAGAAAACCCCUCAGAAUGAGGGGCGCCUACAAUUCGUCAAUAUUGCGGAUUUAAAUGCCUCUCUGCGAGGACCACCGAGCUGCUAUUUUGGUCAGGUUUGCGUGCGCCUGGUCCCACACCGUCACUAAUUAACAAUUCAUAGGCUGCUAAAACGCAGAAAGAGACUCCAGCCGGUGGGUGAACACUAUCUACAGCAAAGAGAGGGGCUUUUAUUUUGUUUUAUUUUUUUCAAGCAAUAUGGCUGGGGGGUGGGGCUGGAGACGCUGGCACAGGCUCUCAAAGGCUCCUAAAUGCUAGCUAAGGCAGAUGGCACCGUUCCCCAUGGAAGCGACAGCUCUACGAGGACAAGCAAUAUCAACAAUAACAUAAAUCCGGUCUCUUCAAUCUUAAUAUCCAAGAUGGAAGAAGUUGUCAUCCCGGUCUCGCCUGACGUGCCCUGCGACAAUAAUGGACAGCGCAUGUGGUGGGCAUUCCUCGCCUCCUCCAUGGUGACGUUUUUUGGGGGUCUCUUCAUCAUCCUGCUAUGGAGGACCCUCAAAUAUCUGUGGACUGUUUGCUGCCAUUGCAACAUCAAAAGCAAGGAAGCUCAGAAGGUGAACAACCCCGCCAACAAUCAGGCAGCAGACAGGACAGCAAAGAAUCCUGAUGAGAAAGAGGAGGCACCAGCCAGCGAGGUUGGAUGGAUGACUUCAGUCAAAGACUGGGCUGGAGUCAUGAUCUCCGCUCAGACGCUCACUGGCAGAGUUCUGGUGGUGUUAGUCUUUGCGCUCAGCAUCGGGGCCCUUGGAAUAUACUUUAUAGAUUCCUCAGAUCCUAUAGAAUCCUGCCAGAACUUCUACAAAGAUUUCACAUUACAGAUCGAUAUGGCCUUCAAUGUCUUCUUCCUUCUUUACUUUGGCCUGCGGUUUAUAGCAGCCAAUGAUAAGCUGUGGUUCUGGUUGGAGGUGAACUCGGUGGUCGACUUCUUCACUGUGCCUCCUGUGUUUGUUUCUGUCUACUUAAACAGAAGUUGGCUCGGUUUGAGAUUCCUGAGAGCACUAAGAUUGAUACAAUUCUCAGAAAUCUUGCAGUUUUUGAACAUCUUAAAAACAAGCAAUUCCAUUAAGCUGGUGAACUUGUGUUCCAUCUUCAUAAGCACAUGGCUCACAGCUGCUGGAUUCAUACAUUUGGUGGAAAACUCAGGGGAUCCUUGGGAAAAUUUCUCAAAUUCCCAGUCACUUUCCUAUUGGGAAUGUGUCUACUUGCUGAUGGUGACUAUGUCUACAGUGGGCUAUGGGGAUGUCUAUGCAAGAACCACCUUGGGGCGUCUGUUUAUGGUCUUCUUCAUCCUCGGUGGUUUGGCCAUGUUUGCCAGCUACGUCCCUGAAAUCAUAGAAUUAAUAGGAAACCGCAAGAAAUAUGGUGGUUCCUAUAGUGCAGUUAAUGGGAGAAAGCAUAUUGUGGUCUGUGGUCAUAUUACCCUCGAAAGUGUCUCCAACUUCCUCAAAGACUUCCUACACAAGGACAGGGAUGAUGUCAAUGUAGAAAUUGUUUUUCUCCAUAAUAUUUCCCCUAAUCUUGAGCUGGAAGCCUUGUUCAAACGCCAUUUUACCCAAGUAGAGUUCUACCAGGGAUCUGUACUCAACCCACAUGAUUUGGCCCGAGUGAAGAUUGAGUCAGCAGAUGCCUGCUUAAUCCUAGCCAAUAAAUACUGUGCAGAUCCAGAUGCUGAAGAUGCCUCCAACAUCAUGAGGGUCAUUUCGAUCAAGAACUACCAUCCUAAGAUCAGAAUCAUCACACAAAUGCUACAGUAUCACAAUAAGGCUCAUCUGCUGAACAUUCCAAGCUGGAACUGGAAGGAGGGUGACGAUGCUAUCUGCCUGGCAGAGCUGAAGGCAGGCUUCAUUGCCCAGAGCUGUCUGGCCCAGGGCCUGUCCACAAUGCUAGCCAACCUCUUCUCCAUGAGGUCGUUCAUUGAGAUCAAGGAGGACACAUGGCAGAAGUAUUACCUGGAAGGAGUGGCUAAUGAGAUGUACACAGAGUAUUUGUCCAGUGCCUUUGUUGGCCUCUCCUUCCCCACUGUCUGUGAGCUGUGUUACGUAAAGCUGAAGCUGUUACUUAUUGCCAUCGAAUACAAGUCUGAGCAGAGAGAAAGCAGAAGCCGAAAGCGCAUCCUCAUCAACCCAGGCAACCAUGUCAAGAUGCAGGAGGGAACACUGGGAUUCUUUAUUGCCAGUGAUGCCAAAGAAGUAAAGAGAGCAUUUUUCUACUGCAAAGCUUGUCAUGAUGACAUCACAGACCCUAAGCGGAUCAAGAAGUGUGGCUGUAAACGACUGAUUUAUUCCAAGAUGUCCAUCUACAAACGAAUGAAACUGGCAUGUUGUUUUGAUUGCGGCAGUUCAGAGCAAGACUGCUCUUGCAUGUCAGGCAGUGUACAUAGUAACAUGGACACCCUUCAGAGGGCCUACCCACUUUCCUCUGUCUCUGUUCAUGAUUGCGCAACCACUUUACGUGCCUCCAAAUAUAAGUAUAAUGGAUUUGUCAGAUCACCAGCAGAUGGCGCUACAACACCAGGGAUCAGUGGAAGUCAAAAAGAGGCUGGGGUCCGAUUCAAAGCUGAUUGCAAAUUAGUUGAAGAUGAGCAUCCAUCAACUCUUUCACCCAAAAAAAAGCAGCGCAACGGCGGGAUGCGGAACUCACCCAACUGCUCACCCAAAAUGAUGAGUCGACAUGAUCCCCUUCUAAUUCCUGGCAAUGAACAAAUUGAGAACAUGGACAUGAACGUCAAGAGGUAUGACUCAACAGGGAUGUUUCACUGGUCCCCAUCAAAGGACAUCGAAAAAGUCAUCCUGACUCGAAGUGAAGCUUCUAUGACCGUGCUGAGUGGCCAUGUAGUGGUCUGUAUAUUUGGGGAUGUCACGUCCGCUUUAGUGGGGCUGCGAAACUUGGUGAUGCCUUUAAGAGCCAGCAACUUCCAUUAUCAUGAGCUAAAGCCUAUAGUUUUUGUGGGCUCUCUGGAUUACCUGCGGAGAGAGUGGGAAACUUUACACAACUUCCCCAAGCUCUCCAUCUUACCUGGUACACCAUUAAGUCGGGCAGAUUUAAGGGCUGUCAACAUCAACCUCUGCGACAUGUGCGUAAUACUGUCAGCCAAUCAGAACAAUAUUGAAGAUGCUUCACUCCAGGAUAAGGAAUGCAUCUUGGCAUCACUGAACAUCAAAUCUAUGCAGUUUGAUGACAGCAUCGGGGUCUUACAGGCUAAUUCCCAAGGUUUCACACCUCCUGGAAUGGACAGGUCAUCUCCAGACAGCAGUCCCGUACAUGGCUUUGUACGCCAGGCUUCCGUCACCACUGGAUCCAACAUCCCCAUUAUCACAGAACUAGUGAACGACUCAAAUGUUCAGUUCCUGGACCAAGAUGAUGAUGAUGAUCCAGACACAGAGCUGUACCUCACUCAGCCCUUUGCCUGCGGCACCGCCUUCGCUGUCAGUGUGCUCGACUCCCUGAUGAGCGCGACAUACUUCAACGAUAAUAUCCUCACGCUGAUUCGAACGCUAGUCACAGGAGGAGCCACACCAGAGCUGGAGGGUCUGUUGGCUGAAGAGAACGCUCUCAGAGGCGGCUACAGCACACCGCAGACACUGGCCAACAGAGACAGGUGUCGCGUCGCCCAGCUAGCCCUCUAUGACGGGCCAUUUGCAGACUUGGGGGAUGGCGGCUGCUACGGGGAUUUAUUCUGUAAAGCGCUGAAGACAUACAACAUGCUGUGUUUUGGAAUCUACAGAUUAAGAGAUGCCCAUCUCACUACACCGAGCCAGUGUACAAAACGAUAUGUGAUCACAAACCCACCGUACGAGUUUGAGCUGGUGCCCACAGACCUGAUCUUCUGCCUCAUGCAGUUCGACCACAACGCAGGCCAGUCCCGGACAAGCUUGUCCCACUCCUCCCACUCCUCUCAUUCCUCCAGCAAAAAGAGCUCCUCCGUCCACUCCAUCCCACCCUCAAGCCGGCAGAACCGCAGCAGCAAGACCCAGGACAAACAUAAUGCAACAAGGAUGAAUAGAAUGAGCCAAGAAAAGAAAUGGUUUACAGAUGAACCAGAAAAUGCCUACCCACGGAACAUCCAGAUCAAGCCCAUGAGCACUCACAUGGCCAACCAAGUCAACCAAUACAAAUCCACUAGUAGUCUGAUUCCACCAAUCAGAGAAGUCGAAGAUGAAUGUUGAGCACCAGGUUUUCUUGCUGACUCAUCAGGCAUCUGUAGGCUCUUUCAAAAGAGAUAAGAAGAGAUCACCAGUGAAGAAGUGAUGAGGAUGAUGACAGGGAUGAUGAAGACUGACACAUUUCUCAUCACUCAUUCUUCUAAUCAAGGGUUGGACAGGAACCCAAAUUGGAAGGGACCUCUUAUGUGUAUACCUUUAAUGUUACUUCCAUGCUCUUGGACAUUGUUUUAUUUAUUACUGUAUCCAUAGAGAUGUACAUAAUGACAAUCAAAUAAGGAUUGUACAGCCCCUCUCCCUUAGCACUUUUUGGAAUUAUUUUAAGAGUUGACAAAAAAAAGUGCUUCCUGUAAUUCUUUGCAAUAGUUCACCUCUUCAUGUGACCAGACUCCACGGCUAAGGUGACUGGUUACUGGAGGAUGAGGGUUGCAGUGAUAUCAUUUCCCAAAGAUCUGCCUAGACGCAUCAUGUCAAACCAGCUGGGUUCAUCAGCUUCAUAUCGUCCGUCUGCUUCUGUUCGAUUUGCACUAAAACUGAAGUUUCUUUUGACAGAACAACUAGAACCAUCAGAUCCACCACUCCAGUAAAAUGUCUCUGAGGACAUGAAGGAUGGAAAAAGUGAACAAAGGAGGGAGGACUGCUUGGCUUAGGAUGCAUACAGUACUAAUCUUGUUCUUAGGUUGUUAUACACUAUGUCAUUGUGUAAGGUCCGCUACUUCACAGUCUACUCAACAUGUUGAGUGUGAGCAUUCCAGUCCUGCAGAACAAAAUCAUCUUCUGCUGAUUUGUCUGAUCAUAAAGCCUAUGACUCUGUUUCAAGCUCCUACCGCAUGAUAUGUGCCUGAGACCCCUCUAUAGCAGAUACAGUGCAGAUGAUCAACCUGAAUACAUGAGAAGGACAAAUAAAUGACCUGCCUUGUCCUUCAUGGAUUCAGCAGCCACUGGUCCUUUUGGUGUUGCACUGGUGAGUGCUGUCAUCCACCCCAGUAGUAUGUGAUGGUGCACAGCAUGAGAGAUCUUAGCUAUAAAAGUGAAGGUAAUGAUAUAAAGAAACAGUCAAAGAUUCUAGAGAGUUUGGAUCUCAAAAACCAAACCAAAAUCCCCAACUAUGAUUGAGCAGAGCCAACAUGAACAACAGAUGCGCGCCCACCGUCAACACUUUGCCGUGACAUCUGCGGCAGAAUUGGGAUCAGAACGAAGAGUGGUGUAUGUUUUGUCUGUCACAAAAAGUUCACAUCUGAGGAAAUAAAUGCCACAUAUUGCAUAAAAGUGGGCAUCAAUGGGUCCUCCUUUGAUUGGAGCAACUGCCUGGCACAGGGUUGGCACAGAGGCCAUAUAAACAGCUUGGAUGUUCUUUGUUGCCAACCCAGAUGUCACACGACUCAAAACUCUCAGGAGUUAAGUUGCUGUAUUCAGUCCUCUAACAUGAGGAAAUGCUCAAACAUAGUUGGGUGGACAUGCAACAGUGCUACAGACUAAAGACAACACUGGAGAGGAGCCUGUAUUUCACAGGUUUAGGCACUGAUAGAUCCAAAUCCAGCGGUGAGAUGGAGGAUUGAGGUGGUAGCCUUGCACUCCGAAUAUGUAAACUUCAUACAAAUAUGUAGUUGGAUUUAUACAUUUGAACAUAAUUUUGUAUCCAUAAACAUAAUCAAUUUCUACUUAUUUUUCUAGACAAGUGAAAAGUACUUUACUGUAAGAGAUAGAAAAAAACUGACUAUUCUUCAUUACAACUACAUAUCAAAGAGUUUUAUGUUUGAUUCUAUCACCCCUUAUUUCACAUCAUACUAAAAAGGUUCCCUUUUUAGGUCCCACCCCCCUUUAAUGAACUGUAUCACUCUAGAGCUAAUAAAGCUUAGACUAGCUUGCAUUGUGAAACCACCAUCUUCAGCCUGGCAGCUUGGCUGUGUUGAAUGCUUGUAGAAAUGAAGUGAAGCUCACAUGAGACCUCUUUUAGUUACACAGAUGACCCAUUACUAAACAGUGUGUCUACUUCUAACCAUCCCUUACUACAAGCAUGCUGAUGGAAAGAAGGGUGUAAAGAAAUCAUGUACUGGGGGAUAAAUGUUGUAUUUAGAUGGAGAGCAGAUCAGUGUAGUAACAAUAAUUAGAGUAUCAUAGAGUUGCUCCCUCUGUGUGUACAGGCCAGAACUGAACAACCUUUAUUAGAAGUUUUUGACCUAAAUUAGGUCCCUACUGUAGAAGGAGAGUGUGUACACCAUAGCACAGUGUGCUGGUGUUUUCCAUAAAAUAUGGUUUCAGAUAUGACAGGGAGAUGCUGCCACUUUAUUGCAGCGAUUCUCCUAUAUAGACUGUAAAAGAAAAAUUUUAAAAAUGUCGGAAGAUGAAAAUAUCGUGAUAAAUAUGUUUGUGUAAAUUCAGCCCAUUAUAUAAACCACAUUUCUUUCUCAAACAAAAUGAUCUGAGCUUUAAUGUCCGUCUAUUGGGUGUGGUGCAACUAUACCGAAGCCUCAUACACAUUGUCCUGAAGUGAACUUUUGAACUGUGAUUACAUCAUUGUCGCACUGUAGCAAAUAGAUUUCUUUUCAGAAAAUAUGUGAGUAAAGUGGUGAGUAAACUGUAUGUAUAAUUGGGUCGUUAAUGGCAUACACGCUAGCUCAAAAAAAUAAGGUACUAUUAAUAUUUGAUAAUUGCAAUGACUCAUUAUACAUAGAUUCGACAAACUGAUUAUGUUGGAAAACAUGUAUCUUGAAAAUCAAAGAUCCUUGAAAGGAUACAGAGACUAUUCAAAUACUGUAUAUGACAGAAAGAAAAGUCAGGCAGAAUUUGAUCCAGUAUAUCAGCCAUCACAAAGAUGGAAGGUAGCACCAAUUCAGCAAAGGUUAUCAAAAGACAGAACAUCCUUAAUCUUCCUGUUUAUAUUACUUUGUGUUAUUACAGGGUUUACAUUCCAUUUUGUCAGCUUGUCAUUAUACGUCACAAUCUGUCACAACUGCUUCUUAGUUGUGUAGAGUAUUUUUUUGAGGUACUUAAACAUAGCAUUGCUCAAAACUAAAACUUGCUGCAAACAGUCAUCAACAUAAAUUCACAAAGUAAUUUAGCAUUUGUUUUCAUUACGCUUGAUCAUUCAGGAUGGCAUUAUUCACAACACUGGACUGAGAUGUGUUUCCUUCCAACAUCUUGUCAUAUUUUAUUGUCUCUAUUAGAUGUUUUACGUCUUUGCGUUGUAUACCUCUAAAGUUUUUAGAGUGUUUUUGAAGUGCCAUGUAUAGUUUAGUUGAACACGCAUCCUUCAGUCAUUCAGGGGCAGAAGCUCACAUUGAGGGAGCUGAGUCCAACCGUUUUCCACUGUGAGAACGGUGUCUUGUACUGACAUGGAGAACAUCCAAGCAAUCAGUGCCUCCAUGCCAGUAUAGUGCCAGGCAGUGCAGGAGGUCAAGAGGAGGGCCCAUAUUAAGUCCCACUAUAGCGACAAGUGGCAUUCAGGAGGCCUGAGAGGCUGCUGGGGGCACAGAGCUACGAGCCCCAGCCAUCAAAUCACAUGUCUCUGCUGUGUGCUUGGUUACAGGUUAUCACUAUGGUUAGAUAUGGAUGACUGAAAGAUGCACAUACUGUAGAGGCCUAUGUCUGUAAGAUCAAGAUGUGUUGUCCACUGAACAAAUCUAAAGCUAUGAUGCAUCAUAUACUACUGUUACAGUAUGCUGCAUUAUUUUUGUUAAUCUAUUUUUUUGCUGUAAAGGAUGGAGAUAACUUAUUUGCUGGGAACUGUACUAGAUAGAAUAUAUAAUACUGGGGAUGGGAGGUGGGUCUCAAGUCUUAAUACAUUAAAAUUGCAUUCAGCAAUUUUUUAAGUUGCAAUUUGUUGAUUUUUUCUUUUCUUUUUUUUUUGGGCUGCCUGUCAGUUCAGGAAAAAUUCAGGACAUUGCUCUUGUGCAUCACAGAUAGUUGUUGGCACAUCGUCACUGCAGCAAAGAGAAGUAUGACAUAGCAGUUUAAUUUGUUUGGAUGUGUUCUAGAUGUAAUGGAUAAAUGGAUUAUUUGAUGGUGCUGAGUUGAUCUACCUGACUCUGUCAAAUAUAAUCUGCUGAUAAAUAUACUGUCUUGUACAAAAAGUCUGUACAUAGAUUGUACAUGUUUUUUUUUUUUUUUU